AUGAACGACCCCGGCUUCCCUGACAAGGACCGCGCCUCGCUGGAGGCCCUCGGCUACCGCAUCACCGGGACGGCGCCCAUCAACUCGGGCGCCUUUGUGCAGGUCUUUCGCGCCACCCGCAAGGGCGAGCCCUGUGCGGCGAAGGUGCUCAACCUGACGCUGCUUGGGAAGGUGCUCGGUGAGGAGGGGCAGAAGGACUACCGUCUCAAGAGCCUGCCUCGGGAGCUGUGCACACUUCGCAAGCUGAAACACCCGCACCUGGUGGCCAUCCACGACGUCUACUCGCUGGGAAGCCUCUCCUGGGUGGUCCUCUUCCUGGAGCUGGCCGACGGCGGCGACCUCCUCGAUCUGCUCAAGGACAAGGGCACCUGGCUGUCGGAGUUUCGUUCUCGAAGUCUCUUUAUGCAGUUCGGUGACGCGCUGCGCUACCUGCACUCCAUCGACACCGCCACCGCUCACCGGGACGUCAAGUGCGAGAACGUGUUACUCAACCAGGACCGGACGGCCUGCAAACUGACUGAUUUUGGCUUUUCACGCUCCGUCCUAGACGCAAUCACCAGCCGACGAGGAGUACCCGACGGCGGCAGCGGCACCUACUGCGGUUCCCAAGCCUACUCACCACCUGAAGUAAUCAAGGGGACGACGCCCUGCGACCCGAAAAAGGCAGACGUGUGGAG